AUGUUCCCGAUCACCUUCCUCCCGCUCCUCCUGGCGGUCACCUCAACCGUCUACCUUCCUCUCAUCACCCGCCGUCCUCCCUCACUCUCUUCCCCCGCGCACACCAUCUUCCUCCUUAUCGCCAUGGCUUUCGGCCUAGGCCUGGUAAGGUUCCUUCGCUCCGUCUUGGCUAACGCCGGUGUGUCGUUCGCCAGGUACCUCACGGACGAGGUCAAGUCCCGCCUGUUCUCGCCUUGCGCGCCGCUUGAACUGGUCCCUCUUCACGUCACCAGGUACCGCACCCGCACCGAGCCUCCGUCGCCUCCGUCGUCUCCCUCUUCGCGUCCUGCCCCUCCGUCGCCGCCCGCCAAGCCCACGCGCGACACCGCCCCUCCGACGCCGUUCAUGACCGGAAGCGGCAUCCUGAAGACGCCCGGCCGCCGCCCCUCGACGCCCGCCCGAAAGAGCCGUGUCGCCUUCUCGAGUUCGGUCGAGUUGCACGAGUUCAGCCCCCUCCCGAAGUCGAUCCUCCGCCCGACGCGCAGCUCGCACUUCAACCCCCCCGAGUGGGCCGACGACAUCGUGCCUCCGGCCGUGGAGGAAGCCGCCAAGAAGUGGUCGACCCGCCUUCAAGUCAACAUGGGCCCCAAGAGGGCUCUCCGGUUCGACCCUACCCCGCGUGUCAAGUUCAUUCCCUGCCUGAGGGAGGAGAAGUGGCGGGGGGCUCUGAUGGACGAGGUUGAGGCAUUUGACAAGAGUUGGCUCAAGCCGGUGACGAGGAGGGACGAAGACGGGGAUGUGGAGAUGGAGUGA